AUCGAGUCUGUCUUCUCACAACACCUCGCACGGCAUGUCGCAAACGAAACGAAAGGCCGUCGCAGACGAUCGGCCUAAUAAGAAAGCGAGAGCCUCGACCAACGACUCUCCCCGACAACAUGCGAAGCCACCAAAAGCUUCAGAGAAGGAGUCUGGUGAACGACGAGCUGUGUCCAAGUCUUUGCUGCAACAGGAAGAGCGAGCCUUUCCCCGAGGAGGUGCCAGCGUCCUUACGCCGUUGGAUCAUAAACAAAUCAAGGCGCAGGCCGAACGAGACGUCUUAUUCGAACAAAAUACUGGCGCGUCGCUGGGCGAAGAGGAGGAAAAUGCCGGCGCUGUGAGGCAUGCGAAGAAGCCAAAGAGAUCGAAAUCCAACAAAUACGAGGAUGGCAAAGUCGAAAAGCCGAGCAUCAAAAUCCACGGCCUCACAAGCAAGAAUGUCGUGAUUGGAAGCAUGGUGUUAGGCUGCGUGACGGCCAUCUCGGAUCGAGAUGUUUCACUUGCUCUGGCGAACAACCUGACCGGCUACAUUCCCAUUACUGCCAUCUCUCAGCGCUUGACCGAGCGUAUUGAGAAACUCGCACAAGAUGAAUCCGACGAAGCUGCCGCGGAUCAAGAUGUAAACCUCAAAGGUCUCUUCUACGUGGGUCAGUGGCUCCGCGCCACGGUGACUGCAACAACUUCCGAGUCAGAGAGUACCGACGGCAAGAAAAAGCAUCACAUUGAAUUGAGCGUGGAUCCCAGACAAACGAAUAGCGAUCUCGGUUCGGACGGUGCGGUCCUGAAUAGCAUGGUGCAAGCUUCGGUUCGAAGUAUUGAAGACCACGGCCUCGUCAUGGACAUAGGAUUGUCGGAUGCGGACGUCAAGGGCUUCGUCAGCAACAAGGAAGUGGCCACUACUUAUGAACCCAGCCAAGUGCAAGAAGGUCAGGUCAUGAUGUGUUUGGUCAUUGGCAAGAGCAGCAACGGCAAGGUCCUGACCCUUUCCCCCGAUGCCUCUCGAUUUUCGAUCCUUGCCGCAGGGAAUGACAAAGACCUGGCGAUCGUAUCAGUCGCUCCCACCGUCGACACAUUCCAGCCUGGAGUGGCUGCCAAUGUCCUCAUCACGGAAUCCGGUCCCGGAGGCGUUGCUGGAAAAAUCAUCGGCAUGCUGGACGUGACUGCAGACCUGGUUCACACAGGGACUUCGCACAACAACGGGAGUGCCGCGCAAAAGUUCAAGAUUGGCUCGAAAGUCAAAGGCAGAAUCAUUUGGACUGUUCCCACGGACGACGGUGGUCGUCGUGUGGGCAUCUCGUUCCUCGACCAUAUGCUCGUCCUUCCACCAAUCCCUUCGAGAUUACCCAAGGCUGCGAGCGCCAAAUCAAAGACUCUGGCCGACGAUCUCCAACAGCGUGCACCCCUCUCGUCGAUCAUUGAAAGCGCCAAAGUCACCCACAUCCUUCCAGAACGUGGGCUAUUCUUUUCGAUGUCCGGACCGUCAGAAUCCUCGCUAUUGGCCUUUGCACAUAUCUCGCAAAUCACAGACAACCGCAUUGAUCGGCUAGAUUCCGCCUCCGGCCCGUAUAGAAUGGAUUCGUUACACAAGGUCCGGAUCUUAUCAUACGAUCCUGUCGACAAUUUGUACUAUGUUGCGCUCAAGAAGUCCAUCAUGGAUCAACCCUUCUUACGCGUUGAAGAUCUCACGGUCGGCGGCGCUGUCAGAGGCACCAUCGAACGACUCGUGCUCGGUGCAAAGGGCGUCAACGGCGUUCUGGUCAAGAUCAGUGACAGCAUCAACGGUCUCGUUCCGGACACGCAUCUUAGUGAUGUCCAACUGCAACAUCCUGAACGCAAAUUUAAAGAAGGCCACCCAGUAAAGGCGAGAGUUCUCAGCGUUGACCUAGACAGGCGGUAUGUUCGGCUCACGCUGAAGAGGUCACUGGUCAAUGAAGAUGAGAUGCCUUCUAUUUGGCAAGACUAUGCCAAGCUACAGCCGGGUAUGGAGGGCAAAGGAACGAUUGUGAGUCUUUUGCGCACUGGCGCCGCCGUUCAAUUCUUCGGCAAUGUUCGAGCGUGGCUUCCGGUCGCAGAGAUGAGCGAGACGUACAUUGAAAGUGUGGAGAAACACUUCAGACUCGGACAGACUGUCAAUGUCAGAAUCCUGUCUAUCGACGCAGCCGCGCAGGAGAUGAAGGUCUCUUGCAAGAGCUCGACCAGUUUCGACGAAAAGCAACAAGGAGCGUGGGACACCGCAUCUGCAGGAGAGCUCCUUUCUGGUGUUGUGUCGGCCAAGAGCGCUCAGGACGUCACUGUGGACUUGGAGAAUGGCUUACGAGGCCUUCUCCGGAUCGGCCACCUCACAGAUACACCGGGGGAGAAGACCCAGAAGGCUCUUGACAAGAUCCACGUCGGGAAGAAGUUAUCUAAACUCGUUGUCCUGGACAAGCUUGAGCGCAGCCACACUUUACUGCUCUCGAAGAAGGCCAGUUUGAUCGAAGACGCCGCCGCAGGAUCCCUUGUGCAAUCUCUGGAUGACUUGGAGGAGCGUAGAUCCGUCCGCGGCUUCGUUCACAACGUUGCAGAACCUGGUGUCUACGUCGAGUUCGCGAAGGGCCUUGUAGGUCUCAUGCCGAAAAGCCAGUUGGCGCCCGGGAUGCUCACACAGCCUUCUUUGGGCGUGGAGAAAGACCAGAGCAUUACCGCCUGGGUUUUGAGCAUAGAUCUAGCCAGAGAAAGAUUUGCUCUAAGCAUGCGAAAGCCGGAGGAGCACCCUUCGAAACCGGUGCAAGUUACAUCAGCUUUCAGCGCUUCGGUGUCUAACGCAAUCGACGAAUCCAUCACGUCAAUGUCAGAUCUUGCGGUUGGAACAAUCACCAAAGCACGCAUCGCUUCGGUCAAACCCACACAACUCAACGUCCGCCUCGCAGACAACGUGCAAGGUCGCAUUGACGUGAGCGAAUUCUUCGAUACCUGGGACGACAUCAGCAACAAGAAGGCUCCUCUACAAAGACUGGAGCCAAACGCGUUGAUCGACGUAAAGGUACUCGGAAUGCACGAUGCAAGAAAUCAUCGGUUCCUUCCCAUCAGCCAUCGACAGAGCAGUAUUCCCGUCUUCGAGCUGUCCGCAAAGAGAAGCCGCAUUGAGGAUGGGGACGAAAGCCACCUGGCGAUGGAUUCGAUUAAGAUCGGCUCUGCCCAGCUCGCAUUUGUGAACAAUCAUGCUCACAACUGCAUAUGGGUCAGUUUGUCGCCAAACGUGCGAGGACGUGUGGCUCUCAUGGACCUGUCAAGCGAUGUCGGGCAGCUGCAAAACCUGCCAAAAUACUUCCCGAUUGGCUCUGCUAUCCGCACAACUGUCAAAUCAAUUGACGCAGCGGCGGGAAGACUGGACCUUGUCGUCAACUCAGACGCCUCUGACGAGCCAGUGACAAUGGAAUCGCUGUCCGCCGGAAUGGUUAUGGCUGGACGGGUCACGAAGAUCAGCGAGCGCUCCAUCAAUGUUCAGCUGUCAGACAACGUGGUUGGCGUUGUAUCCCUCGUUGAGCUGAGUGAUGACUACGAUCAGCUCAACCUCCAGCAGCAUCAAAAGAACGACAUUGUAAGGGUAUGCGUGCUGGACGUGGACAUUCCCAACAAGAAAGUCUACCUGAGUCUCCGUCCGUCGAGAGUCCUCAGCUCGAGUCUGCCCGUCCAGGACAAACAGAUCACGAGCGGCUCCCAGCUUAAGGCCGGUGAUUUGGUGCGAGGCUUCGUCAAGCAUGUCGGGGACAAAGGGCUGCAUGUUUCAUUGGGCGCCCGAUUUGACGGCUUCGUCCGCAUUUCGGAUGUCAGUGACAAGUAUGUCAAAGACUGGAAGAGCCUUAUGGAAAUCGAUCAGCUCGUCAAGGGACGUGUCAUUUCCGUCGACACUGACGGCAAAUCCGCUCUGCUAAGUCUGAAAGAAUCGCACGUUGAUCGCAACUACACGCCUCCGCUCAAGAUCAAUGACCUCGCAAUUGGCAUGAUUGUAACGGGGAAGGUUCGGAAGGUUGAGGAUUUUGGCGCGUUUGUCGAUAUCGACAAUACUCAGCCCCGGUUGUCGGGUUUGUGCCACAGGAGUGAAGUCGCCGCGAAGAGGAUCGAGGACGUGAGGAAGCUCUACUCUGCCGGCGAUGUUGUCAAAGCGAAGAUUCUGGAUGUUGAUGUCGAUGCGAGGAAAAUCAGUCUUGGUUUGAAGGCCAGCUAUUUCGCUGACGAUGUGGACGAAGAUGAAGACGAUGAUGAAGGAGGAGUGGAGGUCGACGAGGACGAGGACGAUGAUGAGGACGAAUUCGAGGAGUUCGAAGAUGAUGCUGGGAGUGAAGACAACGAUGUCGAUAUUAAUGGCGGCGCCAACAUUACUGACAUCUUUGCAACGGACGAGGAUGCCGGAGAAGCGUUCGACGAUUCGGAAGGAGAAGAGAUGGAGGUUGACCACGCUGCACCCACCGCCGGUCUCAAGACAUCUGGAUUCGACUGGACAGGUGACACGCUAGGAUCUGCUAUCGAGGCACCAGUGUCUGAUUCGGAGCCGGAUGCACCUGAAGCAAAGAAGAAGAGGAAGCGCAAGCCGGAAAUCAAAGUCGAUUUGACAGGCGACUUGGACAAGUAUGGCCCACGCAGCGUCAGCGACUUUGAGCGACAACUGCUCGGACAGCCGAACGAUUCUGGCCUGUGGAUUCAAUACAUGGCUUUCCAGCUUCAAUUGGCCGAGGUGCAGAAGGCUCGCGACAUUGCCGAGCGUGCUCUUCGGACCAUUCAUAUCCGCGAGACCGAGGAGAAGGGCAAUGUCUGGAUCGCCUGGCUCAAUCUGGAAGUCGAGUACGGCGACGAUGAGCAGGCCGAGGACGUCUUCAAGCGUGCUGCGGGAAUGCAAGAUGCGUUGGAAAUGCACGAGAAGCUGGCGUCCAUCUACAUUGACUCCGGGAAGCACGACAAAGCAGACGCCAUGUUCGAGCGGAUCGCAGGCAACAAGACUUUCCGAGCCAGCCCGGAAGUAUGGCUCAACUACGCCACCUUCCUGCUGGACACGAUCAAGGAGCCAGCACGGGCGCGCUCGCUUCUUUCGAGAGCCUUGCAAUCCGUCCCGAUCGGCGAGCACCGCUUACUCACUGCCAAAUUCGCCGCGCUCGAGUUCCACUCUUCCCAAGGCGAUGCGGAACGUGGACGGACGAUCUUCGAAGGGCUCGUCGCCGAGUGGCCGAAAUGGACGUCGGGGUGGGACAUGUUCCUUGAUCUGGAACGCGCCAGACUGCCGCAUGCGGUCAGUAAGGAAGCGAAGAGUGAAGCUCGGCAAAAGGUGCGGGCCUUGUUUGAGCGUAUGGCCGGCCAGAAGAUGAAGAAGCGACGGGCCAAGUUUGUGUUCAAGCGAUGGCUGGAGUUUGAGGAGGCGGAGGGGAGUGGUAAGACGGUCGAGAGGGUGAAGGCGUUGGCGAAGGAGUAUGUCGAGGCGCAGAAGGCUAAGAGUGGCGGAGAUGAUGACACGGAGGAGUAGAUGUGCGUAGCUGCCGCUUUCGGAGAGUGAAGUGGACCUGCAUCUCCAGCCUUGCGCGGGUUGGUUCUCUCUUUUCUCCUUCUAAUCGUCGCGGGGCAAUGCAAUAGCUCGACGUGUCAACCAUGGUCCUGCCGGAAACUGGAGGCAUUAUAGUUGCAGGCGAGGUUGGUGGAAUUAGUAAAUUGUCGCCAAACGCAGUACACCCCAACAUACUGAGUAUGUCGCGUGGUGGUAUCCUGAGUCAGCGGAAGCGAGGUGCAGAUCUCUUUGUCGUAAAACCGGCGAGUCUGGUUGUAUGUCUG